UCCUCGCACUCUCAUCAUCCUCAGUAAUACUGCUUCCAGUCUCUGCUCAACUACCCAGGACGAUAGCAAACACAACUUUUGCCCAUUAAUGAUGGAUAACAAGCCAGAGGAAUGUUCAGUGUGUUUUAACGAUUAUGAUGACAAUCAGCUACGACCUCGCACACUGCCAUGUGGCCACACAUUCUGCUCCCAGUGUAUUGACAAUGCUAUCAAGAAUGGUCAGCUGACCUGCCCCAGCUGCUGUGCCGAGCACACUGCCACAGCUGCUACUCAGUUCCCAAUUUGCUAUGCUGUGGAGGCUUUUGUUAGGAAACUCAAAAAUAUCCAGCUAACAACUGAGGAAGUAGUGCCAGCAAAACCUUAUGAAGGUCCCGCCAGAGGCAUCAGUAAGACAUUACGUUCCCUGGUGCAGGAGCAGAAGAGCAUCAUCAGCAGCCUCAUUACUAGCUGUGAAGAGGUACUGUCCCAGCUGGGGGAGUACUGGGGGCAGCUGGGGGACUGGAAGACUCACCACCUCCAGCUCCAGGACAGACUCUAUGCUCUGGUAGAGCAGAACAAGUCAGCAAUGAAGCUCUUGGAACUGGAGGAUACCAGUGUGGUGGAUAUGACAACACAAGGAGAGGAAGGGAAGACUCAGCUGCAGGCCAUGUUGGGGAGCCUCGACACAGUCAACACCCCACAGGAGGUUGGCACAACCAUAGACACAGCUGAUGAGUGCAAGAUGAAGGUAGAAGAUUGGCUCCGGAAGUGCCAGGAACUCUUCCCAGAUGUCAACACUGUCCACACCUCGGUGAAGGUGCAGGAGACCAUCAGGGAGGCCCUGGAGAUGAUGACCACAGAGACAGGUGCCACAGCUGACCCCGUACACCUGGGAGACUCAGCCUCCAGCAUCAUGGAUAAAGUUCUGGAAAUCACUUUAGAGAUCCCCCAGAAGCAAUUAACAGCGCAGUGAUAGCAGCAGACGUGGUCACUUAUACCUGAAAACCAUAA